AUGGAGUUGUUCACUUCAAAAGAUUUAGACAAAGCCACAGACAAGUUCAGUAUAGAUAGAAUUCUUGGUCAAGGAGGUCAAGAGACUGAAGUCCCCCUUUUGGUUUAUGAAUUCAUACCCAAUGGAACGCUUUCUCAGUAUAUUCAUCACCCAGAUGAGGAGUUUUCUCUUACAUGGGAAAUGCGCUUACGAAUUGCCAUUGAAGUCGCAGGAGCUCUUUCCUACUUACACUCUGCUGCUUCCUUUCCCAUUUACCACCGAGACAUCAAGUCUUCUAAUAUACUCUUGGAUGGAAAGUACAGAGCAAAAGUAGCAGACUUUGGGACUUCAAGAUCAGUUUCCAUUGAUCAAACGCACCUCACUACACAAGUACAUGGAACGUUUGGAUAUCUGGACCCGGAGUACUUCCGGUCAAGCCAAUUUACAGAGAAGAGUGACGUUUAUAGCUUUGGCGUGGUCCUUGCUGAGCUCUUGACUGGACAAAAAGCAGUUUCUUUGAUGAGUUCAGAAGAAAGAAGAAGUCUAGCAACUUAUUUCCUGCUUUCCAUGGAGAAUAAUCUUCUAUUUGAUAUUCUUGAUUCUCAAGUUAUGAAGGAUGGUAGAAAGGAAAAGAUUACAGCAGUUGCUAACCUUGCUGUUAGAUGCUUGAAUUUGAUUGGAAGGAAUCGUCCUACUAUGAAAGAAGUAGCAGUGGAGUUGGAGGGAAUUCAAUUGUCAGUUAGAGCUGAGACAGAUGUUCAACAAGUUUUCCCAAGGGUCCGAUGUGUCCAAACUCAGGAAAUAAAUGAGGUUUCGGAUGUUGUUUCUUCAUCAAAAGGUCCUUGUACGGAUGGCGGUACAAGUUCUUCAUUCGAUGUACAACCACUAUUGUUUUUCAAUACGCAGUGA